UCUGAUCCUUGCAAAUACGUCCAAAGGCUCCCUCGUCCAAAUGGUCUACCCAUCAAAGUUCCAUCCAUCUUCUUUCCGUCAAUCGCUAUAAACUCCCGCGAAAAAGCUUCUUAGCAUCCAAAAAAUGGCAACUUCCAACACGAUCUCUGGGAUCUGGUCAUGGUGGUGGGAAGGCACCAAUCAGCAGGACGAAUUCGCAAGAUCUACGCUCACCAUCUCCCUCGCCGUACUCGCAAUCGCAUGGUACGUAUGGCCGAUUGUCAAAAGCAAGAGCAGUGCGUCUGGAUUACCGCCAGGGCCGCGCGGCCUUCCCUUAGUAGGGAACCUCCCGUUCCUGGACCCGGAACUCCACGUCUACUUCGCAAAGCUGGCUCGGGUCCACGGCCCGAUCUUCAAGCUGUGGCUCGGCAACAAGCUCGGUAUCGUGAUCAGCUCCCCUGCGCUAGCCAAGGAAGUUCUCAAAGACCACGACACGACCUUCGCCAAUCGCGACGUGCCGGCCGCGGCUCGUGUAAUCGCCUACGGCGGAUCCGACAUCGUGUGGACGCCGUACGGACCCGAAUGGCGCAUGCUUCGGAAGGUGUGCGUGCGCGAGAUGCUGAGCGGCGCCAGCCUGGACGCCGUCUACGCGCUGCGCCGGCGCGAGGUGCGAGCGACGGUGAGCCACAUGUACAAAAACUCGGGCGUGCCGAUCAACGUCGGAGAGCAGAUGUUCUUGACGGUAAUGAAUGUAAUCACUAGCAUGCUGUGGGGCGGGACGCUCAAAGGCGAGGAAAGGACGAGUCUGGGAGCCGAGUUUCGGCAGAUCGUGAACGAAAUCACCGAGUUGCUGGGGAAACCCAACGUUUCGGAUUUCUUCUCGGGUCUGGCCCGGUUCGACCUGCAAGGGAUGGAGCGGCAGAUGAAGGGGCCGCUGGCCCGGUUCGAUCGGAUCUUCGAGUUGAUCAUUGAUCAACGGUUGAAGAUUGAUAGAGAAGAGGCGGAGGGGAAGAGCAGUGAGAAAGGGAGCAGGGAUUUCUUGCAGUUCUUGUUGAAGAUGAAGGAUGAAGGGGAUUCCAAGACGCCGUUGACCAUGACUCAUCUCAAGGCCUUGCUAAUGGACAUGGUGGUGGGUGGGACCGACACCACAUCGAACACCGUGGAGUGGGCCAUUGCUGAGAUGAUGCAGAAGCCAGAGACAAUGAGGAAAGCCCAAGUGGAAUUAGAGGCCGUGGUGGGGCGGGACAACAUAGUAGAAGAGUCCCACAUACCCAAAUUGCAUUACUUAGAAGCAGUUGUGAAAGAAGUGCUAAGGUUGCACCCGGCACUCCCUCUCAUGGUCCCACACUGCCCCAGCCAAACGUGCACCGUGGGUGGAUACACGGUCCCUAAGGGGUCCCGUGUGUUCGUGAACGUGUGGGCAGUCCAUCGGGACCCUUCGAUCUGGUCCAAUCCCUCUGAGUUCGAUCCUGGGAGGUUCUUGAGGACCGACUACAAGUGGGAUUUCAGUGGCAACGAUUUUCAUUACUUCCCAUUCGGGUCUGGUAGGCGGAUAUGUGCCGGGAUUACUAUGGCCGAGAGGAUGGUGAUGUACUCGCUCGGCUCGUUGGUGCAUUCGUUCGAGUGGCGUUUGCCGGAGGGUUCAAAGGGCGACCUCACAGAGAAAUUUGGGAUUGUUAUGAAGAAAGCUACGCCGUUGAUCGCCAUCCCUACGCCAAGGUUGUCCAAUCCAGAGCUCUAUGCGUAGAUGUUGCUGAUGGUUUUUCCAUGUUUAACUCUCUCUAUAUGUAUGAUUUGAGGCAUGCAUUUCUACGUUUUAGAACAAAGAUACAGGUAAGUCACAUGAGUGUCAGCCA